CCGGGACAUUCUCCGCCUCCACGCACACGCAGAUUAACGGGAUUCUGCCCUCCUGCUCGCGCGCUGAUGCUGAUGUCCUUGAGCUCGGCCUGCACGGUCCUGGUGGUGCAGAAGUAGCUACCUCUGAACUGGAUCCACUUCCUGUCUCCAAUUUAUCAGCUGCCUUUGCAUUGCUCACCCCUCUCUCCAUCCGUCCAUCACCCCUCCAUCUCUGUCUGUGAGUCUGUCAGCCGUCCGCCCGUCUGUCCAUGGACUGGCGGUGACCCUGGAGGGAGGGGGACAGAAAAGAGGAAAAAGUGGAGUCGCAGAGGAGACGAAGGAUAGAAAAAAGCUGGAUUCAUUCAGACAUCACGCUUCUGAAGUGCCCCUGCUUGCUAUUCUUGAUCCCCCUCACCCCCCUCCUCCUCCUGUUAUGGAGAAUUAAAGGAGCAGCGGGAGGCUAGGCCAAAAGUGAGGAGAAAAAAACAUAAACCACCAGCGACCCCUCAUUGCCCUCAAAUGAAAUAAAAAAGGGUUUAGCUGUAUCGUUAUAAUCUCACAUUUUUAAGUAAGAAAUCAAGCAAACCAAGAUUCUGAUUGCACAUGAACAACCCUCCACCAACCAAACGAAAGAGGAACUGAGUUGAGGACAGACUACGGAGAGAAAGGAGGACCAAAACAGAGAAGAACCUUACUGACAUGUCAACAACUGCCACUAUGGGUGAAAUGGCAAACAGCGCGGUGGAGUUUUACCCCAAAGGGGCGCGAGGCACUGGCUCAGUAGGAAGGGCAGAAGGCAGCCAAGCAGGGGGAGACUUUGGGGUCACGGUGACGGAGCUCGCGGAGCUGAUGGAGCUGCGAGGGACCGAUGCCCUGCAGAAGAUCCAGGAGAGCUACGGAGACACAGACGGGCUCUGCCAGAGACUACAGUCCAACACCACAGAAGGUGUCAGUGGAGACCCAGCAGACAUUGAGCGUCGGUGCCAAGCGUUCGGCGCAAACUUCAUCCCCCCGAAGAAGGCCAAGACAUUCCUGGAGCUGGUGUGGGAGGCCUUACAGGACGUCACACUCAUUAUCUUGGAGGUUGCUGCCAUCAUCUCCCUCGGACUCUCUUUCUACCAGCCUCCAGGAGGUGAUACCGAAGCAUGUGGGGUAGUGCAGGGGUCUGCAGAGGAUGAAGGCGAGGGGGACACCGGCUGGAUCGAGGGCGCCGCCAUCCUACUGUCUGUCGUGUGUGUUGUCCUGGUGACGGCGUUUAAUGACUGGUCCAAAGAGAAGCAGUUCCGGGGUCUACAGAGUCGGAUCGAACAAGAACAGAGGUUCGCUGUGGUGCGUAAAGGAAAUGUCAUACAGAUCCCGGUGGCUGACAUGGUGGUGGGGGACAUGGCCCAGGUCAAAUACGGGGACCUGCUGCCAGCUGACGGUGUGUUGGUCCAGUCCAACGAUCUGAAGAUAGAUGAGAGCUCUCUGACCGGAGAGUCUGACCACGUAAGCAAGUCAGUGGACAAGGACCCCAUGCUGCUCUCAGGUACCCACGUGAUGGAGGGCUCGGGCAGGAUGCUGGUGACCGCUGUAGGAGUCAACUCACAGACGGGCAUCAUCUUCACCCUGCUGGGGGCUGGAGAGCUGGAGGAGGAAGGGAAGGAUAAGAAAGGAAAACAACCUGAUGGAGCUGUGGAGAACAAUCAGAACAAAGCCAAGAAGCAGGAUGGAGGUGUUGCCAUGGAGAUGCAACCCCUGAAGAGUGCAGAGGGAGGGGAGGUGGAGGACAGAGAGAAGAAGAAGACCAGCGUUCCAAAGAAGGAGAAGAGUGUGUUGCAGGGCAAGCUCACCAAACUCGCUGUUCAAAUUGGCAAAGCAGGUUUGGUGAUGUCGGCCAUCACCGUCAUCAUCCUGGUGCUGUACUUCGUCAUCAACACGUUUGUUGUUGAAGGUCAAUCGUGGUUGGCAGAGUGUACUCCGCUGUACGUGCAGUACUUCGUCAAGUUCUUCAUCAUCGGUGUCACCGUGCUGGUGGUGGCUGUCCCAGAAGGCUUACCUCUGGCUGUGACCAUCUCUCUGGCUUACUCUGUCAAGAAAAUGAUGAAGGACAACAACCUUGUCCGUCACCUGGAUGCGUGUGAGACCAUGGGGAACGCCACGGCCAUCUGCUCCGACAAGACGGGGACCCUCACCACCAACCGCAUGACGGUGGUGCAGACCCACAUCGGUGACGUGCACCAUCGUUUGGUCCCGGACCCCGGUCAGAUCAACGCCCGGACGCUGGAUCUGUUAGUCAAUGCUAUCGCUAUCAACAGUGCCUACACCUCCAAGAUCCUACCGCCUGAUGUGGAGGGGGGACUGGCUAAGCAGGUGGGCAACAAGACAGAGUGUGGCCUGCUGGGAUUUGUUCUGGACCUCCAGCGGGACUACGCCGCUGUCAGAGAGCAGAUCCCCGAGGAGAGGCUGUACAAGGUGUACACAUUCAACUCAGUGCGUAAAUCCAUGUGCACAGUGAUCAAGCUGCCUGAUGGCUCCUUCCGCAUCUACAGCAAAGGAGCCUCUGAGAUCCUGCUGAAGAAGUGUUCCUUCAUCCUGGAUACCAAUGGAGAAGCACGCAUUUUCCGCCCCCGUGACAGAGAUGAGAUGGUCAAACAGGUGAUCGAGCCCAUGGCCUGUGAGGGGUUGAGGACCAUCUGCAUCGCAUACCGUGACCUGCCGGGGAAUCCAGAGCCAGACUGGGAGAACGAAGCUGAAAUAGUGACGGAGCUGACCUGCAUCACUGUGGUGGGGAUAGAGGACCCUGUGCGGCCUGAGGUACCAGAGGCCAUCCGUAAGUGUCAGCGCGCGGGCAUCACGGUGCGGAUGGUGACUGGAGACAACAUUAGCACAGCCAGGGCCAUUGCUGUUAAAUGUGGCAUCAUCCACCCCGGGGACGACUUCCUCUGUAUAGACGGCAAAGAAUUCAACCGACGAAUCAGGAACGAGAAAGGAGAGAUCGAACAGGAACGCAUUGACAAAGUCUGGCCCAAACUUCGCGUGUUGGCUCGAUCCUCGCCAACGGACAAACACACUCUGGUCAAAGGCAUCAUCGACAGCACGGUGUUAGAGCAGAGGCAGGUUGUCGCAGUAACAGGAGAUGGAACCAAUGACGGACCAGCUCUGAAGAAGGCUGAUGUUGGCUUUGCCAUGGGUAUUGCGGGGACGGAUGUGGCUAAAGAAGCGUCUGACAUCAUCCUGACUGAUGACAACUUCAGCAGCAUUGUGAAGGCGGUGAUGUGGGGCCGAAAUGUCUACGACAGCAUCUCCAAGUUCCUGCAAUUCCAGCUCACAGUCAACGUAGUGGCUGUCAUCGUGGCCUUCACCGGGGCCUGCAUCACUCAGGACUCUCCUCUGAAGGCGGUGCAGAUGCUGUGGGUGAAUCUCAUCAUGGACACCUUUGCUUCUCUGGCUCUGGCCACCGAGCCCCCCACUGAGGACCUGUUGCUACGGAAACCCUACGGUCGGAACAACCCGCUCAUCUCACUGACCAUGAUGAAGAACAUCCUGGGCCAUGGAGUGUACCAGCUGAUCAUCAUCUUCACCCUGCUGUUCAUAGGCGAGCACAUUUUUAACAUCGACAGCGGCCGCAACGCCCCGCUCCACUCCCCGCCCUCUGAGCACUACACCAUCAUCUUCAACACCUUCGUCCUCAUGCAACUCUUCAACGAGAUCAACGCUCGCAAGAUCCACGGAGAGAGAAACGUCUUUGACGGCAUAUUUGCCAACCCCAUCUUCUGCACCAUCGUUCUGGGAACCUUUGCCGUGCAGAUCGUGAUUGUGCAGUGGGGAGGGAAGCCCUUCAGCUGUGCUCCUCUCAACAUGGAGCAGUGGCUCUGGUGUCUGUUCGUGGGGGUCGGGGAGCUCCUCUGGGGGCAGGUGAUUGCCACGGUGCCAACGGAGCGGCUGCCAUGCCUGAAGGAGGCGGGGAUGAACCUGGAUCCCGGGGACGACGACGGGGAGGACAUGGCCGAUGAUGAGGAUGAGAUCGACUGUGCUGAGAGAGAGCUGCGCCGCGGACAGAUCCUCUGGUUCAGAGGCCUCAACCGCAUCCAGACCCAGAUGGAGCUCUCUCCACCGCAACAGCCAAUACCAGCCCAGCCCCCGGGAAUGCGAGUGGUGAAAGCAUUCCGUAGUUCGCUGUACGAGGGCCGGGAGAAACCGGAAUCCCGCAACUCCAUCCACAACUUCAUGGCCCACCCAGAGUUCCUCAUCAACGACCUCAUCCAUAACAUCCCGCUGAUCGACGACACCGACGUGGACGACGAAUCAGAGCUCAGCAGAUACCAGCACCUGCACCCGGCCCUCCGCAAGCCGCCGCCCCCUCCCGCCCAGCCCCCAGCCCGCGUACACCCCACCCGCCCCUACCGCCAGUACAGCCUCCCUGUGACUCCGUGCAACAGAAACAACAACAACAGCAGCAGCAGUUCAACAGUCACCUACGGCAACCAAAAAAGCCCCACUGCAGCUACCCCCGGCAACCGGAACCCCCAUCAUCCCCAACAGCACCACCAUAUCCAACAUGGCAGGGACAGGCCGGGGAAACCCUCCGCCCCUCACCUGGCCCAUCUCUACUGUGUGGAGACCUCCUUAUAACUGAGCUGAGCGUGGGUCGGGGGGGGGGAAGGGAGCUUUGGGGAAGAGGAAGAGAGGGCUGAGGACUCACACAUGACAUUUUCAUCCCUUCCCGAGGGAGGGCCGGAGGGGGGGAGUGGACAAUGGUUGGAGACUUCUGCUCACAACUCCCUGAGAAUAUUGCGACUUUCCCUCCUUUUGCCCUCGCUCCGGCCCUCUCAGUCUGAAAACACCCUCCACCACCCCCACCCCCCCCCCAACCUCAACCGGCCGCUCUGUCCCCCUCUCUGAAGAAACCACCCCAUCCUGCCUAACUGCAGACACAGAGUCCUGAGUGACAGUGGGUUGGGGAGGGAGGGGGACAGAAAAACCCCCCAAAUUAAACCCCUCACAUUUUACAAGGCUUCAGCCGAACAGGGGCCACGUCAGGGCCAGAGGCUGACCCACUCUGUUUCUUAGAGUUCAUCUCUACCCACCUACCUACCUGCCAUGGCACCAAAGUCACCCCCACCCCUGUCAUUUCUCUGGCUACAGACAGAUACACUGAAAGACUGAAACAUUGACUUUAAUUAAAUGUAAUAUGUCAACAGAUUUUACAUAACUGUAUUAGGUUAGCUGAAAGCAAUAAUAUUUAGUUUACAUAAAAUAUUAGGGUCAACUUAAUAUUAUUGCUUUCAUCUAACCUAAUAAAUGAUACAUUUAAUUGAAGUCAAGGUUGAAGUUUUUUCAAUGUAGCCUACUUCAGUCCAAAUCUUUUCUUUCUUUCAUCUCUCUCUAUCUUUCAGUGUGUGUAUGUGUAUUGUCUUGUCUCUUCUGAAAAAAACAACAACAAAAAAACACAACAAAAAUAGGAAUUGCAAACAAAGAUGCUGUUCAUUUAAACCUAAUAGUCAAUAGGAUGGCUGCAAAAAACAACUUAAGAAGUGGGGGGGUACAUAUAUAUACAGUUUAUGUGUUAUCAUUUGAAUGUGUGGGAAGCGACAGCACAGAUCUUGUCAUCUUCACACUCUCCCAUCCUUUGGAGGCCUUCCAUCAGGCCAGUGUUAUCUGUCACUCUGUCCACUGCUAUGAGAGGACACAGCGUGUAGGAUCUCACAGUGUAGUCAUGGACACACUAACUUCAUCUACCUGCCAUGUUUGUGAACUGAUGAGUCAUACUUAUGAGGUCCUCUUCCUCUUCAUUUCUGUCCCAUCAUGCUGGCUCAAGCCGUUAUGUAGUUUCCUUCGCUCCCUUCAUCCAAUCUUCUGGUCCUUCGUUGGUGGGUUUGUGUGUCAGUUGUUUUUUUUGGAAGCAUUAACCCUUUAAAUGCCAUCAAACACAAUGCACAGGCGAUGGCCCUUUAAGACUAACAUGCACUCACUUCAAAGCUGCUCACGUGCCAUCGGGCUGUCUCCAUGGUGUACCCUCCAUGAGUCUGGAGGACGAGGAGAUUGUUUCAUUUGAUCAGUAGGAUGUUGCGUCCAGUCAUUUUUACCGAGAACUCAAAUAAUCACUAGUUGACGUUGAAUAGGAACCCAUCUUAUUUCAGUUUUAGCUUUAGGCCUAAGGACCCACUCAAUCAGGUUUGACCAAUGAGAGCUCAUGUGUCAUGUCCAUGUGUCAAAUACUGUGCUUUCCGCUUAAUCAUGAUAUUUAAUUAGUUGAUUGGGAUACAUUACCACAAAAUGUUGGAGUAUUGCUUUCAAACUAGGGAUCAAUAUUGGGUCUAUCCCAAUAUGCUGAUUCCAAUAAACACCCAUUUGACCCCCUAUUGCAGAAAGUAACUGUUAAAUAAAGGUAUUUAUCUGCUAUCAUGAAGGCCCACUGGCAUGUGCAAGAAUUAAAUACAGUGCUCAGGUACUGGCCAAAAUCACCAAACAAAUGUACCUGAGGUUACAUAUAAAACAUGCCAUGUAUUUUUUUCAUGGAAUAGAUUAGCCUGUCAUAUCGGAGGAAAUUCCCAUUUAUUAUGUAAGCCUUUAUCUGCCGUUACAAUGACAUGAAUCCCAGAGAGUUAUUAUGCUAAAGCUGUUCAAUGUAAAACAGCAAACCAUGCUGCAUGAGCACACCCCAACGAAACAAAAAAUACCAGAAAACAUUUGGACAGCGCGCCAGUGACAGCGAGCAUGGCGCUUGUGACAUCCCACUCCACCGUCACCUCGCCGACAUUCCAUGGAGCAUACAUUCCAAACAUCACAUUCCAGCGUGGGUGAGAGCGCCCUCCUGUCUCCCAUGAUGCACUAGGUGUGGGUGAACCGCUGACUCCAUGUUGCCUCGGAGCGGGACCGCAGAUCUGGACCCUUCCUCGCCCUGUUGACUUCCCUGAGUUCUCACCUGCUCCUCCCCCCCGAGAAAGGCGCUGGCAGACAUUAUGCAACAGCCCGCCCGUGUGGACCCUCCUGCCCAGCUGGGGUCAGAAACACAGCGUCACACAUGCACACCGAGAACAGUGUGUCUUGCUGGUCUGUGAGGAGGCUCUGUGGGAACACCCUUACCUGUACAGAACCCUGUCUUCUUGAAUGCUCAUCAUCAUCAUCAUCAUCACCACCACCUUGCCCUGACGGAGGGGCCGGGGGGGGGGACAUUGUAUUGGUCUGUCUGUUUUGAAGCAUGCAUUUGAUAUCAUUAAUGUCACUCUUUAUGUGUUGGUAAAUCAUGUAGGCUACUGUCACUACUGUGUGCUAUGAUCUCUCCACAACUGCUCUCUUUCUGUCUCUCUCUCUCUCACACACACACACACACACACACACACACACACACGCACACACACACACACAUCCUGUUCAUGCCCAACCUAUUCUAUUCCAGCAACUCUUGGCACAGCUCUAUCAAUGCUUUUCUGCACUACACACACACGUGCACACACACACACACACACACACACACACACACACACACACACACACACACACACACACACACACACACAGCAAACAACUGGCGGAUAAUCCACAGUGGUGUAAAUUUGACUGUCCAGUCCCAGCCAUCUCUGUCCAUCCGUCCAGCCACGUUACAUCAUGAUGUUGUGAGACAGAAGACAAAACACAAUGUGAAAAAGAAUAUAUUAUAUUUAUCAAAAUUAUAAAUUGUACAACUGCACCACUACUGUACAGAUCGCCCAAAUGUGCACAUGUGCAUCUUUGAUUUACAGGUACUAUGUUCCUGUUACACUUUUGUUUUUUCUGAUGUUUUUUUUCUUGAAUCCUAUUGCUUUCUGUAAAGAGAGGAACAACACAAUGAAAGCGCUUGUAUAUUAUUAUUAUUAUUAUUUUAGAUUUUCUCCAUCAGUGCUCCCACUGAUGGAGAAAGACGGUUGCACAUUCUCCUGAGCAUAUUCUGAGGGCUGUGUUUUCUGUCCACUGAACAGCCCCUGAAGUGUGCAGAGGUGUGGAGAAGCUUCUAGUCUCUUAAGACCAGAGACACCAUUCUGUAAAUAGAGAACAGGAGACACAGAUGUACCUCAUUAUGAUCUAAAGGACUGGACCAAGUGGAGACCCGGGGAGGAUGGAGAACUGGAGGGCGAUGCAGAGCUAGAGACUGCAGGAGUGCAAUGCGUCAGUGCGUUGUUUAGGCUGCUCUCUUAGAUCUGCGACAAGUAUUUACUGCCAUGUUAAGAUGGGAAGAACUUAACGUUUUACAUUAUUCAUUAUACAUACUGUUGUACAUAUUGUGUGUGGAAUGGUCCCCCUUCUUGCACAACGCAGUGCUGUUCUGCAGACAGAAAGUGCAGCCUUACCUGUGCUAAAACGAAAAAAGACCAAAAAAAGUAAAACAACCAUAAAGACUAUUGAAUAUAUUAAAGAGUUACCUGCCUGUUAUUUAAGCGAAUAAAUAUCUAUAUAUGAGAAAGAACACACCUGUAUACUGUAGACUAAAUCUGUAUGGAAAUCUAAGAGAAUUUAAUGGGAAUUAAGUCCAACACCUUUUGUCUGUAUGAAAGAUACAUCAAAGUAUUCUACAAUAAUAACUUUGACAAAGUC